GAAUGGAGUAGAACCGAAAUAUGUUGCUCCGAUUUAUUUUCGACAGCUUUUGCUCAUUUUCGUGAGCAGUAAUAUAUAAUAGACCAACAAAAAAAGAUGUAAAUACGUACAGAGCAGUGGUCGUUACUCGUCAUUAGCAAAAACAUAACCUGUGAUAAGUGUCAAUGCAAUAAACCGUUAUUGAACCAGUGAAUCAUUAUCAGUUAACAACAGAUAAGAAUUAACGAUAACGUAAAAUUAUUAAACAAAGAGAUAUUCGUGUGUGCGAUAAGACUGUAAAAGUGAAAAUAGUUUGACGCUGUUGCGUUGUAAUGCUACGCGAGUCUAAUUAUUAAGAUACGUGGGUGACUUACACGCCUUCAGAUAUACGCCCUACGAAUAGACUCAGCGCAGACAAGAUAAAAUAAUAGUGCGAAGAUGAAGUGUAAUGAAAAAAACAUGAUCGCUUUCGCAACUUCGUCAACGCCGAUUGAUCGUGAAGGUUGGUUGAACAAACGGGGCGAAGUCAAUAGAGCGUAUCAGAAACGAUGGUUCGUUUUGAAAGGAAACAUAUUAUUCUAUUUUGAUCGUCGAGGCGAUAAGGAGCCUGUUGGCAUGAUUAUUCUAGAGGGAUGUACUAUAGAAUUAGCUGAAGAGGAUGAACAGUUUGCGUUUAAAAUAGUCUUUCAUGGCGCCGGUAACAGAAGUUAUCAUCUUGCAGCUGAUUCUCAGGAGUCAAUGGAACAAUGGAUGAAAGCUUUAGCAUGCGCAGGUUAUGAUUACAUGAAGUUAAUGGUUGCAGAGCUUCAACGGCAACUAGAUGCAGUUGAAGAAGAAACUGUAACUGUACCCGAGGAACCACCAAAAGCACCGCCACGUCAGAGGCAUAAUCCAUUCAACAGACUAGAAUCUCAUCACAGAUCUCAAAGUGUCAGAUCAGCACCUGGACGAACAGAAAAUAUACCCAGAUCAAAAGUGUCCUUUAGAGAAUUGCACAAUACUUAUGGUAGGAAAAUAUUAGCAGAUUUGAACCAGUGGAGGCAUGCUAAAAGAGCUGCUGAAACUCCAUUAAUACUCCUAUGACCAUGAAAAAAAAGAACUAUGUACAUAUCAGUUGUAAUGACUCACUGAAUCUAUUUAUAUGAUUGUUUCAAAUAAGUGAUACUUAUUUUAGAUCAACAUAUUUAGAAAAAACUUUUAUAAAAUUAUUUAUUUUUCUAUAUAAACAUAAUAAAGGUUUUAAGUAUUGCUAAAGAGUUAUGAUACUGAUAGUUAAGAUCAAUUUUGAUAACUACUUGCUUGCUUAAAGUAUUACUUAUUAUGAUUUACUGUUAAUGAAAAACCAAGAAAUAGUAUUCG